AACAGAAAUUCUCAGUUAUACAAGUCUCCUGUGCCCUUCCUCUUUGGGCAGAGCCUAUCCAAGGAUGGUAUGGAUUCAUUCAGCAAGCAUUUUGAGACCAUCAUGGAGUCACAUCGAGCCAAAGGGACAUCUUAUACCAGCCUAGAUUCCAUUGAUAUCCUGUCCUCCCCAACUCAUACACAAAGUGGAACUGUCUUCACCUUUGAUCUUCCUACUCUUACCCCAGAAAUACAGGGGGAAAUUCAAAACAGUGCUAAACUCAUUGAGCAGAAUUUUGCCCCUCUAGCUCUUCUGGAGCCAGAUUCUGGAACCAGUUCUGCCACAGAUGUUCCUUGGGCUGAACAGGAAGAACCAAGACAAAAAUGGGAAAGUAGCUUGCAGAGUCCCUUCCAUUCAGAGGGCAGUUUAGGAAUUCCUCUGGCCUCCAUCAUAAGCAAGCAUCAUCUCAGUCAGCUGGUCUCUGACUCAGAUUCUGAAAUGGACAGCACAGAGCAACUAGCCCUGGGUAGCACUGACACCCUUUCUAGUGGGCAUAAUGCUGAUCUGGAGGCUGCUAAGCGCCUGGCAAAAAGGCUGUACAACUUGGAUGGUUUCAAAAAAGCAGAUAUAGCUCGUCAUCUGGGGAAGAAUAAUGAUUUCAGUAAGACGGUAGCAGGGGAGUACCUCAAGUUCUUUGAAUUCACUGGAAUGACUCUGGACCAAGCUCUUAGAAUGCCGCCCAGUGACCCUAUUACUUGA